UGGUGACCUGCUGUAUCCGUGGCACUGGCCGGCAACUGCGUCUCGCUUAGGCAGGUAACGUUAGGGAACUCACUCAGCAGUCAGCACCUAGCUCAGCUCGGCCGUCCAUGCGUUCACCCGUCCAUUCAAUUCAUCCAUCCACAUCUCAUCAAUCAUGCGCCCGAAGGAACUCGCGCGGUGAACCUGAACCAAGCCAAACCCCAGAAUCCAGUCAUCGCCACUCAUCACGACGCAGCAGUGUCCUCGGGAGGCACAAGAGACUUCGAUGGCACAACCUGCGGCUUCAUCGGACUCCUUGGGCUUAAAUGUCUUCAAGGAAACAGAAAAAACACACGUCGAUGUGGUCUCUGUUCACGGCCUGUACGGCUCCAGAGAGGGUACCUGGAUAGUUAACGGCUCAUCCUGGUUAGAAAAGUGUAUCUUUGACAGAGUCUGGGCGCGCAUUGUGCAGUAUGGAUACAGCUCGGGACAUGAAUCUACAGUCUUCACCUAUGAAGGCAUCAGAGACGAGGCGACCAAGCUCCUGGUGAGCCUUGUCGAGCUGCGAAACGGGCCUAAGAGUGAGGUGCCAAUCGUCUUUAUUACCCAUGACAUCGGGGGGAUUAUUGUGAAGGAGGUAGGUGAAUAAGGAUUUCCAUGCCAGAAAGAGCAUGGACGCUUGUAUUAACAACCCGAAUUUGAAUUAGGCUCUCCGACAAGCAAAACAUGACCCGGAACGGUUCA